AUGGGAGAAGACGACGGUUUCCGGGAUGUCCCUUCGCAGUACCCAGGCGAGGAUACGCGCUUGACUUCACGCAAAGAGCUGUCGGGUUGGUAUACAUACGCGUUCGCGGCCGAAGUCUUCGUGAUUUGUGGCAUAGGAUCCUUCAUUCCAAUAACCCUCGAGCAACUCGCCCGCGAAAAUGGCUAUCUUGUCUCGGACCCUUCGAAGCCAUGUCCCUCGAGCUCAGAUCGUCUGCCGCCUGGCUUAAGUCCUAGUCCAGACUCUGCAAAGGAUGCACAAUGUGUGAUAUACUUUCUGGGGAUGCAGAUCAACACCGCCAGCUUUGCCAUGUACACUUUCUCACUCAGUGUACUUGUACAAUCCCUUCUUGUGGUCUCCAUAAGUUGUGCUGCGGAUCAUGGCAACUACCGGAAACGAUUGCUCUUGACAUUCGGAUGGGUAGGGUCAAUAGCGACCAUGCUAUUCCUCCCUGUCGUGCCCAAAGUAUACCUGUUAGCAUCUCUAUUUGCGGUCAUUUCAAAUACCUGCUUCGGUGCAAGCUUCGUUCUUUUGAACUCUUUUCUACCACUCUUAGUCCGGCAUCAUCCAAAGACACAAUACCAAACUCCAAUCCUUACACCAGAACUCCAGCCCUCUGAGUUCGAAGAGCAGGAACAUCCAAAUGCAGAAGAGGGAAAUCCUCCUGAUGAUACCACUCCUCUAUUGUCCUCAGCUCCGGACACGACUGUUCCACUACCACCAGCUGAGAACGUCACAUCUGUUGAGCUCCAGCUUUCGACUCAAAUUUCCUCAACUGGAAUUGGUAUUGGCUACAGCGCCGGGCUCUUCCUCCAGUGCAUAUCGAUUAUCACCGUAUGGCUGAUGGGUAGCACAACCUUCUCCCUGCGAUUCGUAAUAUUCUUAAUUGGGCUCUGGUGGUUCGUUUUCACGAUUCCUGCUGCUAUGUGGUUGAGACCGAGGCCAGGACCUCCAUUACCUUCAGACGACCCCGAUAAUGCAGAAGCUCAACGUAGCUGGUUCUCAUAUAUUGUCUAUGCGUGGAUGUCUCUAUAUAGGACAGUCAAAUUGGCACGACGCCUGAAAGAUAUCUGCCUUUUCCUCGCCGCUUGGUUCUUGCUAUCCGACGCAAUCGCUACCGUCUCCGGAGUUGCAGUUCUAUACGCCAAAACUACAUUACACAUGAAACCAGCAGCUCUCGGCCUGAUCAAUGUCAUUGCCACAACAGCGGGUGUACUUGGCGCAUUUUCUUGGUCCUUCAUAUCUCGCUAUUUCGGUCUCAAACCCCACCAAACGAUUCUCGCCUGCAUCUGUCUUUUUGAGAUAAUUCCAAUCUACGGUCUUCUAGGAUUCUUACCAUUUGUGAAGCAAUGGGGUUUCAUCGGUCUACAACAACCAUGGGAAAUGUAUCCUUUAGGCUUCGUCUAUGGCUUCGUCCUUGGUGGUCUAAGUAGUUACUGCCGAUCACUCUUUGGCGAACUCAUUCCACCCGGAUCCGAGGCUGCAUUCUACGCCUUGUACGCUAUCACAGACAAAGGGUCUUCGAUCUUCGGACCAGCGAUCGUAGGAGUCAUUGUUGAUCGCUACAACGACAUCCGACCCGCGUUCUGGUUCCUCGCGUGCUUAGUCGGGAUACCAGCCCCGUUGAUAUACUUCGUGAAUGUGGAUAGGGGACGGAAAGAAGGUGCCAAGCUGGCAGAAUUCAUCGAGGGGUUCAGGUCGAGGGAAGAGAGUACAGAAGCGAGCGGAGCGCAGAGCUUAUUGGAUAGUGAGGGCGACUAUGAGGAGAGAGUGCAUAGGGAUUAG